AUGUCUGUACCAUUAGGUAAUACGUCUAUAAUAUAUACGGAGAUCGAUUCAGGGGAGAUCAUCAGCGAUGAGGUGGGUCAGCUCACCAUGAGAAUCCUCAUGUAUCUCAUCACCCCCGCCAUCUCAGCGUUCGGCGUCCUUGGCAACAUGGUCAGCAUACCCGUGCUGGUCAAACACGGGGUACACAAAUCCUCCAACAUUCUCCUCAUCAACCUCGCCAUCACCAACACCGUCUACCUCAUCGCUUUCAACAGCGUGCCGAAAAUUUUAUACGAAGCCGUUCAAGACCAUCAGUUCGUUGGAGUUUCGGAAAGUGAGGCGCGGGUUUUGUUUGUUUUCUUCAGCGUCUUCACAUUCUUCGACUACUCCUUUGGUUUGAUGGCGUUAUCUUUACCCAUGCUGAUCACACUUGAGCGCCUGUUCGCUGUGUUUUGUCCAAUGUCUUUUCACCGUAUCAUAACAUCAAGCAGAACGUGGAUUGUUGUUGUGAUAGUAGCAGUGUACUGGAUCUCCAUUUUCGUUUAUUCAAGCUUCUGGCUAGAACUGAAGUACGUCAUCACCCCACAGACAAACACAACCUCCUAUCGUAUUGUUAACUCUCAAACAUUUGAAGAAAACCCCGAAGCAGUCGUAGCAGUAGAGAAUUUGUUUAUCUACACCAGUUCAAUCAUCCCACCAAUUUUCACCGCCACUGGCUGCGUUGCCAUUUCCUUAAAAUUAAAAUCGGUAACCCACAAACGUAAGGCUAUGACGUCCAACUCUAAAGCCAGCAGUCGGACGACGAAGACCCUUCUAGCCGUGUGUUUUCUCUAUGUCGUCACGUCCGCCGUGACGUCAGUCCCAAUGUUCAUACCGCAGUACGCGUCAUACUCUCUAACAGACGAGGCCCCCACAAACCUCUCCAAGAUUCUCUACCAGCUUCUCAACAUCAUAGGCUGCAUCAACAGUUCCAGUGAUUUUCUUGUAUAUAUCGUUUUCAAUAAGAAAUUUAGGCAUAUUUUGCUUGCUUUGAUGAAGGGACCCUCUGCCAUUUCUCCGAAGUGA